UUUAUAGAAAUAUAUAUUUUUUGAGAAUUCUUUUUUUGUGAUUUUUUUUCCGAAAACCCAAUAUGUUUACCCUAGAGUCUGUGACCGCCGAUUUGUUAAGCUAUAUCCAAACGGAUUUAAAGUCGUUUGAUAAAGAUUAUCGCGCUACCCCGGAAAGUUUCCGAUCUCUACCCGCUCUUAAAUUCCAAAAACGGAAAUUAAGUGAAUUAUGGGCUAAAAUUGACCGUAAAUUCACCCAAAUUAGAGAAUCUGCCGAUAUUCUUGACCCGAAAAAGGCCGAGGCCAUAAAUUUAAGCGAAAUUGUUAGGCAAGUCAGAUCUGCUAAAGGAUUUUAUAGGUCAAGCAUGAUUUCGAUUGAUGAAUCGAUUGAGGAGAUGACUAAGGAAAAUGAAACCCGACCAUCUUUACCCGAACCCCCACAACCCAGCAGUUUUGCAGGUUUCACUGUACCCCCUUGUGAUAUGCCAACUUUCAGCGGAGAUUUCAAAAGCUGGGCUUCGUUUAGGGAUCUUUUCAAGGCCAUUUAUGGCAAUAAUACCCGUUUAAGUGGAGUUGAAAAACUUUUCCAUCUUAAACAAAAAACAAGCGGCGAAGCCAAAGAAAUAGUAGACAAUGCACCCUUAACAAAUGAUGGCUUUCUUAUUGCUUGGAAUCAAUUAGCUUCUCAGUAUGAGAAUCGUAGGAUGCAAAUUAACGCGCAAUUAAAAACCCUAUUGAAUUUACCCUUAGUAAGCACCAUGUGUAGUGCUUCUAUAAGAAAGCUUCAGAGAAAGAUAAAUUGUUGUAUUGCAAAUCUGACCUCUUUAGACAUAGAUACGGAUCAGUUUGAACCUAUCUUAGUAUAUUUAUGCACAUCGAAAUUACCCAGAGAAACCCGAAGAGAAUUUGAGAAAUCUCUUCCAGAUUAUGCAGAGAUGCCUUCUUGGACUGACUUAGAUGUAUUUUUGACUAACACAUUUAAGGAACUAACUUCGGUUAAUGAUGUCCAGGACCAUAGUAUUAACCCUACCCACCCUAAACAAAACAAUUCCAAGAUGUUAGAACACAAUAUGACAGAAAAGGCAAAACAUUUCAUAACGUAACAAAUGAUUCGAAUGGGAAAAACCCAAAAAAUCAACCAAAACCCAUAAAAAA